CCGCCGUCGCAAGUGACCAUGACUCCCAGUCUGGAUUACCGUAGUGAAAACGGGGUUAUUCUGUAUACAUGUCCAGCAGAUAUGGCCACAGUAGACAACGGUACUAUUCAGAAUGUCACAUGCACCAGAAGAUUUACAAAAUUUGUGUUUUUGCCCAAGACAGUGCAGGAAUGUUUAGUAUGCAUAGCCGAGCCGAUAGUAAGCAACGCCACAACCGACUGGGACCAGACAACUGUUUGGUACAUCGGGGACAACGUAACCGCAACAUGUCUCGACAAGUACCAUCUGCAUGGCGAUGUUGUCAGCCAGACCCUCACCUGCACAGCCACAGGAUGGGAGGAGGUGGAGGGCUGCGUCCUGAUUCCGGUCUGUUACGGCGAACCUCCCCCCGCCCCCUCCCCCCACAUGACCAACGUGACGAGCGUGGACUUCCGGAACGCGACCGGAACUGUCACCUACACCUGCCCUGACCUGAUGGGCACGAGGGACGGCAGGUCAGAGCAGGUCGUCACUUGCUCCGAGACGCCCACUGAAUACGUCUUUCUACCGGCUUCCGUUGAGGACUGUGAUGUAUGCAUAGCCGAGCCGAUAGUAAGCAACGCCACAACCGACUGGGACCAGACAACUGUUUGGUACAUCGGGGACAACGUAACCGCAACAUGUCUCGACAAGUACCAUCUGCAUGGCGAUGUUGUCAGCCAGACCCUCACCUGCACAGCCACAGGAUGGGAGGAGGUGGAGGGCUGCGUCCUGAUUCCGGUCUGUUACGGCGAACCUCCCCCCGCCCCCUCCCCCCACAUGACCAACGUGACGAGCGUGGACUUCCGGAACGCGACCGGAACUGUCACCUACACCUGCCCUGACCUGAUGGGCACGAGGGACGGCAGGUCAGAGCAGGUCGUCACUUGCUCCGAGACGCCCACUGAAUACGUCUUUCUACCGGCUUCCGUUGAGGACUGUGAUGUGUGCCUUGGAGAGCCAACGGCCGCGAACGCCACCACGGACUGGGCCGCCGCCACCCUCUACCUCAUUGGCCAGGCCGUCACCGCCACGUGCCUGCAGGGCCACCUAACCGACGGCGACUCUGCAAGCAAGAACCUCUCAUGCACGAGCACUGGCUGGGAGGCAGUGGGCGGAUGUUACUUGGCGUGCGUGUCUGCUCCGCCGUCAGCUGGGGAGAACAUGGUCCGAGACGAACAUAAUAGCAGUGGCGUCGGGAGCGUUAUACACUAUGUCUGUUCCCCCGGGUUCCUCCUUAAGCAGUAUGGGGAGCCGAAAAAUGCACGGCGGUCGUGUGCGGAGAUGAUGCGACGUGGCAGAUCUCUGACGAAACACUGGCUUGUGCUUAUCCCAUCUGGACGCUCCCAGAGGCACCCAACGGCACCGUGAUCACAGUGCCAGAUCCCCCCAACUGGCCCAACACGACCUUCGGCUGCUUCUGCCAAGACGGGCUCUGGAGUGCCACCGAGGUCACUGGCACCACCGUGAUGGCAACGCUGGAGGGCUGGGUACUACAAGACCCGGA